CACUUUCCGUACAGGAGCAUGGUGGCCGCCAGUAGGAGCAGCCAUAUAGCAUCACGCCCGGGGGAAGAGGCCGCCGUAAAAGAGGCGCCGCUUCCUCUUCUUACUUCUCCCGCCUCCCACCGGCUGUCGUAAAAGGGUGAAUGGAGAGCGAGUUGUGGGGGGUAGAAAGGGAGGACAGGGGGCGCGGAGUCAGAGUGGCGCAGCAAGUGGCUGCAGGUGGCGACGGUGGCGGAGGUUGGGGAGUGAGGUAGUGCAGGGGUCGCGGAGGAGGAGGCUGAGAGGGUCAAAAGAAAAACUAAAGCUGCUGUCUGGCCUACUGGUCCGGGGGCCGCGGAGCCCCCGCCCGGGAGAUGGACCUCAACCGGAUCAUCCAGGCGCUGAAGGGCACCAUCGACCCGAAGCUGCGGAUUGCAGCUGAGAAUGAACUCAACCAGUCUUACAAGAUUAUCAAUUUUGCCCCCAGUUUACUUCGGAUUAUAGUCUCUGACCAUGUGGAAUUCCCAGUACGACAGGCAGCUGCCAUUUACUUGAAGAACAUGGUGACACAAUACUGGCCGGACCGAGAACCUCCACCAGGAGAAGCAAUAUUUCCAUUCAACAUUCAUGAAAAUGAUCGCCAGCAAAUACGUGAUAAUAUUGUAGAAGGAAUAAUUCGGUCUCCAGAUUUAGUGAGAGUCCAGUUAACAAUGUGUCUCCGUGCCAUCAUUAAAUACGAUUUCCCUGGUCAUUGGCCAGCGGUAGUCGACAAGAUAGACUAUUACUUGCAAUCACAGAGCAGUGGAAGCUGGCUUGGCAGUUUAUUAUGUCUGUAUCAACUGGUGAAGACGUAUGAAUAUAAGAAAGCAGAGGAAAGAGAACCUCUUAUAGCAGCAAUGCAAAUAUUUCUGCCUCGUAUUCAGCAACAAAUCAUGCAGCUCCUUCCUGAUUCCUCACAUUAUUCUGUUUUACUACAGAAGCAGAUCCUGAAAAUCUUUUAUGCACUUGUUCAGUAUGCAUUGCCUCUUCAGCUGGUGAAUAACCAAACCAUGACAGCAUGGAUGGAGAUCUUCCGGACUAUUAUUGACAGGACUGUUCCUCCUGAGACUCUGCAGAUUGAUGAGGAUGACAGGCCAGAACUAGUCUGGUGGAAGUGUAAGAAGUGGGCACUACACAUUGUAGCUCGUCUCUUUGAACGAUAUGGAAGCCCAGGAAAUGUCACAAAAGAAUACUUUGAAUUUUCUGAAUUCUUUUUGAAAACGUAUGCAGUGGGAAUUCAGCAGGUACUCCUAAAAAUUUUAGACCAGUAUAGGCAGAAGGAGUAUGUGGCACCCCGUGUCCUUCAGCAGGCAUUCAACUAUCUCAACCAAGGGAUCGUUCAUUCUGUAACCUGGAAGCAGAUGAAGCCACAUAUACAGAAUAUCUCUGAAGAUGUGAUUUUUUCUGUGAUGUGUUAUAAAGAUGAGGAUGAAGAGCUGUGGCAAGAAGAUCCAUAUGAGUAUAUAAGGAUGAAAUUUGAUAUUUUCGAAGAUUAUGCUUCUCCCACCACGGCAGCCCAGACUCUGUUAUAUACUGCUGCAAAGAAAAGAAAAGAGGUGUUGCCAAAAAUGAUGGCGUUUUGUUAUCAAAUCCUAACAGACCCGAACUUUGACCCUAGGAAGAAAGAUGGAGCCCUGCAUGUGAUUGGUUCCCUAGCUGAUAUUUUAUUGAAGAAGAGUUUAUUCAAGGACCAAAUGGAAUUGUUGUUGCAGAAUCAUGUAUUUCCAUUAUUAUUGUCUAACCUGGGAUACCUUCGAGCCAGAUCCUGUUGGGUACUUCAUGCAUUCAGUUCUUUGAAGUUUCAUAAUGAGCUCAACCUAAGAAAUGCAGUUGAUCUAGCAAAGAAGAGCCUGAUUGAAGAUAAGGAGAUGCCUGUCAAGGUUGAAGCUGCCCUUGCUCUUCAGUCAUUAAUUUCUAACCAGACACAAGCUAAGGAAUAUAUGAAGCCACACGUGAGGCCUAUUAUGCAGGAGCUGUUGCACAUUGUUAGAGAGACAGAAAAUGAUGAUGUUACGAAUGUUAUCCAGAAGAUGAUAUGUGAAUACAGUCAAGAGGUAGCCUCAAUUGCUGUUGAUAUGACUCAACACUUGGCUGAGAUAUUUGGCAAAGUUCUUCAAAGUGAUGAAUAUGAAGAAGUCGAAGACAAAACAGUAAUGGCUAUGGGAAUUUUACAUACCAUUGAUACUAUCUUGACAGUUGUAGAAGAUCAUAAAGAGGUUACUCAGCAGUUAGAGAAUAUCUGUCUACGGAUCAUUGAUCUUGUUUUACAGAAACAUGUAAUUGAAUUCUAUGAAGAAAUUCUUUCACUGGCAUAUAGUUUAACCUGCCAUGGUAUUUCUCCUCAAAUGUGGCAGCUUCUAGGUAUAUUAUAUGAGGUUUUUCAGCAGGAUUGUUUUGAGUACUUUACAGACAUGAUGCCUCUUCUGCAUAAUUAUGUGACAAUAGAUACAAGUACUUUACUAUCAAAUCCAAAGCAUUUAGAAAUACUUUUUACAAUGUGUAGAAAGGUACUAUGCGGAGAUGCAGGAGAAGAUGCAGAAUGUCAUGCAGCCAAACUUCUUGAAGUCAUCAUUCUUCAGUGCAAAGGAAGAGGAAUUGAUCAGUGCAUUCCACUCUUUGUUCAACUUGUUUUGGAGAGAUUAACCCGAGGGGUCAAAACCAGUGAGCUUCGUACUAUGUGUCUUCAGGUUGCUAUUGCUGCCUUGUACUACAACCCUGAUUUGCUGCUACAUACUUUAGAACGAAUUCAGUUGCCUCACAACCCUGGGCCUGUAACUGUACAGUUUAUAAAUCAGUGGAUGAAUGAUACAGAUUGUUUUCUGGGGCAUCACGAUCGAAAGAUGUGUAUAAUAGGACUGAGUAUCCUUUUGGAAUUGCAAAAUCGACCUCCUGCAGUAGAUGCUGUGGUAGCACAGAUUGUGCCUUCAAUUCUUUUCCUUUUCCUUGGCCUGAAGCAGGUCUGUGCUACCAGACAACUGGUAAACCGGGAAGAUCGCUCAAAAGUAGAGAAAACCGAUAUGGAAGAAAAUGAGGAGAUUUCAAGUGAUGAAGAGGAAACAAAUGUAACUGCUCAAGCAAUGCAGUCAAACAACGGAAGAGGUGAGGAUGAGGAGGAAGAUGAUGACGACUGGGAUGAAGAAGUGUUGGAAGAAACUGCCCUUGAGGGAUUCAGCACUCCACUGGACCUCGACAGUAGUGUGGAUGAAUAUCAAUUUUUCACACAAGCUCUACUAACUGUACAGAAUCGGGAUGCUGCCUGGUACCAACUGCUGAUGGCACCGCUCAGUGAGGACCAGAGGAGGGCACUGCAGGAGGUGUACACACUGGCGGAGCAUCGGAGGACAGUGGCAGAAGCAAAGAAGAAGAUUGAACAACAGGGAGGCUUCACCUUUGAAAACAAAGGAGUCCUCUCUGCAUUUAACUUUGGGACUAUGCCCACCAACAACUGAAAGAAGGAACAUCAGCCGACCAAAUGUGGUACAUCACCACAUUGUACCACAUUGUACUUCAGGCAGGAGUGGGUCAAGGGGAGCCAGGGAGGGGCUACUUUUUGCGCCACCUGCUGUACCAGCUACUGCCUGGCAUCCAGCAGCGCCUUUAUCCACCCUGCCUUCCCCUUUGACCUUUCUCACUCUGAAAUAUAUAUUUUAAGCAGCUACUGUAAUGUAUGAAAUUUAAGAAAACCAGAAUCAUUGGACUGAAAAGGACAAACCACAUGCUCCAAAGGAUGAAUGACCAAGGUGGUUUCAAGAGGAUUGGAUGGAAUCGCACGUCUCAGGUUUUGCCAUGCAGAAUCAGUGGAUUUAUGCGAAUAACAGUGCCUUCUGUUGUACAUGAAUUAUCUGAAAACAUUUUUUUGGAGUGCAUUGCAAUUUUUUUUUAAAGCGUAAAACAUAUUUCUAGAUAUAAUGUAAACCUUGGCUGUAUGUUGACUUAUUCUGCAUUUUACUAUGUGAAUUUACCAUUAGGCAGUUAGCUGCAAGUCACUCUGGUUUCAAAAUCAUCACUGCUCCCCUUGUUCCCCCUGCUGCUAGGGGCUUUCUUCAGGGGUUGUACAAUAUGCACUGGCUCUGGUUUUUCACAACAUGUUUUUUCCUAAAGAUGUGGCUUUCCUAAGAAGUGUCUUAUUCUCUCUUCCAUCAUAUUUUUCAGCCCUGCAAAGGGUGGUAUUUCUUUUGGAGUCAGCAUAUAUGAGUAUCAAUUUCAUUCAUAGCCUAAUAAGUUCAGGACUCAAAAAUUUCUUGGCAGCAAGUGGCAGGGACUCAUUAGUCACUGGAAUUAACAGUAAGUUAAUUAUGCAGUUGAUUGAUAAUUAUACUAAAGCACAUUGAACUUCUAAGAGAAAGGUGCUACAUAAGCACGCUGUCUUUCUGGAUGGAGGCUUGCAUUUUCAAUAACUUAUCAUUCCAGCUGUGUUGGACCUGGGUCCAAAACAUUUUGUAACAAUAUAUAUAUAUAUAUUUUUUUUUAUCUAGGAAAAAGACCCAAGUAAAUUUAACUUCUUGCUUUCUCACACUUCUGAAUUUUCUCCUAUCUAAUCCAUUCUAGUUUUUAUUAUAGCUCAAUUUGGCUUCUUUUAUUUUUCAAGGGUUGGGAAUAUUGGUCAGCUGUACUCUUAAACAUGGUAAUGAUACAAGAUAGCUGGUGAUAAAUAUUGGAGAUGGAGGUUGCCGUGCUUUUUCUGAACUGAUCCAACACCGCAACAUGCGUGAUGGUGCUUUCAUUCAGUAAAGUGAAAGUGUAUUUUCAGAACUUUCAUUUCUGGGUAUGAUACAGUUGUCCACUUUUGUGAAAUGUUUUCAGCUUAAUAUUUUACAUCAGUCACUGGAGGAGUUUUCUCCAGGUGCUUUCUAUAUUACCAUCCCUUGUUAAUAUGAACUCUUUUUAGAAUUUUAGGUUAUUUAAGUAGUUUUUACAGAAGUAGCCCAAGAAGCCAUGAGUUUCAGAGUUAAAUGAUCCCCUGCUUCCCUUUGUUCCUCCCUUCCUGCGGCAUUAAUGCUGAUUGUGCCAAUUGGUGUGUAGAAAAGAAAGAUGGCAUUGGGGGAAAUUUUAGACAUCUUAAGGUUUGAAACUCUUCUUAUUCUCCUCUUGUCCCAAAUGGUUUAAUUUUAGCAUAAGUAAUAUGCCUUCACACUGGAUUGUAAGAGGCAUGUGAUUUUAUUUUUGUGAUGUAUUGUCUUCUGCAGUAUUAAAGGGAAAGAAGUGUUAAUGUGUAUCAUCCUAUCUUGUUUUUGAAGCCAGGGUAGUUGUAUAAUUUUGUUACCAGCAGUGCUAACCUGAAUGUGAUCUGAUUACCUUGGAAAUGCAGGAACUUAUAUGAAUGUACUGUAAAAUAAAAUGCGGACUGAUUCCCAGGAUCCUGAAA